CGCUCGCUCUCUCUCUCACACACACACACGCGAACGACGAGAUGGCGACUUCGCUGCGGGCGAUGGGCAGCUGGGGCUCGCUGGCAGCGGCUGGCGCGCGGAUGGCCACGCUGGGGGCGGGUGUACGACAGGGUGGUGUGGGUAUGCAGGUGCAGGUGCAGGUGCGCGGUUUGGCUGCUCUUGCUCUUCGCCCAACGAAUGUUGUCCGCGGGUGCCGCUGCGCCUCGACAGCUGGCCAAAGCUCACAAGCCUCGGCCGAGCCCGACUUGAAUCGCAAGCAGAUUGACAGCUUGUUGGCACAGGCACGGACCGAUGCAGAACGUCGCGAGCUCAUUUCUGAACUGUACAUUGUCAUCCACGGUGCCAAAAACGGUGUACCCGUCGAUGCAUACGAGCAGCUCUCAGACGAUAAACUUCGCCGUGAGCUGCGCUACCUCAUGCCCGAUCCCCGUGUCCCCAACACGGCACAGGCCCUGACGCGCAAGCCACGCUUCGAGUCCCUGCCCGAUGACCACCCUCUGCGCGACCCCACAGCGCGUCCUGAUUCCCAGGCCUACUUUACUGGCAACUCAGUCUAUUAUGACCUCCUCCAAAACAUGGAUGACAUGCUUGAGGCCCUGGACAGUGAAGACGCCCGCGCGGCCGAUGCUGCUGCGCGCGCCGUCCUCAGCAAAAAGGAUCAGGAUAUCAUCGAUGCCAAGCCUGACAUUACCGCCGAGGCCGCCACUACCAACGAGGCCGCUUCUGCCGAGUCGGAUAAGACGGCAGCGCAGGCCCACUCGGAGGACGGCGAAGAGGAGCCGCAGAGUUACAUCGACCGAUCGGAUGUCACCUGGCUCAAGCGCGGUGAGCUCGAGGCCAUGAUUGGCUCCCCACUUCGCAUCCUUCAGUAUCGUGAGAUUAUUUCGCGUCUUCAUCGCCUCCGCGACCACCCGCUGGCAUACUUGAUUGAGCGCCAGCUCUCCGAGUUUAUGCGUUUUACCUCACGCUCCAAGCCCACGGAUCGCAAGAAGAUUAUCGACGACCUGGGUCGUGCCUAUGCGACGGGUCGCCGCAAGGAUGCCGUGGCACGAGUGUGGGUUUGGCCUGGCACGGGCCAGUUCAAGGUGAACCGCCGCACGCUGGCCGACUAUUUCGGCACAGACGACGCCAAGGUUCAUGCGCUCCAACCCUUUGCUGCACUGAAUAUCCUCGGCGAUUAUGACAUCAUGUGCACUGUCAAGGGUGGUGGCUACACGGGACAAGCCGGUGCCAUCCGCCUGGGCAUCAGUCGCUGCCUGGAAACCUUGAACCCCGAGUUUCGUCCCAUUUUGAAGAAGGGUGGCUUCCUGACUCGUGAUGCGCGCGUCGUCGAACGCAAGAAACCUGGUCAAAAGAAGGCUCGCCGCAAAUUCCAAUGGACCGAGACCGAGACCGACACAAAGACAGAGACCGACACCAAGACAGAGACCGAGACCGAGACCGAGACCGAGACCGAGACUGAGACAGAGACAGAGAGACAGAAUGAAUUGGUUUGGUCGGUUUGA